AUGCUCCUUCACGAAGACCACAAUGCUUCGUCACCAUCCAGAAACUCCUCCCCCAAUGUCGUCCUUAUGGUGUCCAAUCCAGAUGUCGGACGAGUGGACAGAGGAACCAGUCCUCACCAGCGCGAUGCUGGACGAAUUGAUAGAGGAACCAGUCCUCACCGCCCAGAGCCCGUCGUCGUCACCCUUACUCCACAUCUCAAUAACUUCUCAGACGACGACACCAAGGAUUACGCCAAAUUCAAGGAAAGAGAAAGAAUCCGCCGAUCGUCACCCCAGGGGGCCCCACGAGAUGCAUCACGGAAUGAAAACCCUGAUGACAGAAACCUACCGGGCUCUGACGAAGUACCAAUGGGAGUUCCACCUCCUACUACAGUCACGACGAACGCUGGAGCUGCAGGUCCCUCGGGAUUACGAGCAAGAACAGCAGCUCAACUCCCGAGCCAUGGAGAAACUGAACUGAUACCAGUUAUACAGGGAGCUGCACCUCCGCCAGUAUCAACUGGUGGACAGGUUCCCCGCUCCAUGGGAAGAAUUACCCUUGGUACAGAUGCUCACCCCAGAGAAUUGGAGCGACACACGGACGCGCUCCUCCAGCAAAGCACCAUCUCUGUGGUAAUACAAAUGGCCACAGCCAUGGCCCUACAACGACUUGCUAACUUCGCUGCAGGGCAACCCGGAAACGAGAAUAGCGACAUACCUCGACGACUGGCUAGUGCUAGUCUCCAGAUCAGAGGACUCGCCCUCCAAACCGAUCCUGACAUGGCCUCUUGGUACGAACACAACGAUGGGCGACCACGAGCUCUCCUCAUCCAUCCCGAAGAAUUCUCCCAGUAUGUCAACAGAGAGCUCCUUCCAGCUCUCCUCUUCACCGGAGAAUUGGGCGCCGUCCAACCAAGUAGAACCAACCCUUUUCGCGUCGUCGUCUGGAAUGUACCACGUCCCAGAGAACGUUCCACGCCUGUACCAAAUCCAAGAAGGACUCCGCACAUGGUCGUGGAACGCCCCUCACUGAGGCAACGAGAAAAUCAUACCGCGCAUAGCAAUCCCACGGGAUCCUCCUCUCACCGGGUACGAAAUUUUCCCUUAUCCCAUGGGGGUACCAAUGAGGAGGAACCACCCGUCUAUCGAAGAAACGAAGGAAGAAGGAGUCGAGGAACCCAGGCAACCCUCCGCCGCGGAACAACUACUGGCGGGAGUGUUCGACACCGGCUUGGAACGCCUCCUCCUAGUACUCGAUUUCGUACAGACGAGGGACAGAAUAACCAAAGUAGUCGCAGAACUCGCCGCGCUGAUUUGGAGGCUAGAAGAAAUCGCUCUUGGACUCGAUCUGAGCUCGACGCAUGGGAUGCGCUAGACGAUCCGGGAAAUUAUGACGACGCCGACCCUUACUAUCGACCAGAUGAAGGGGGCGAUGGGUACCAAGGACCCUAUGACUACUAG